ACUCGGAUGCGUUACACGAACAGUCGAGGGACCGUGAUAUUGAUUUAAAAACAACUCCUCACUUCCCUUUUUCUGGGAAAGGAACUAAUGUAAAACACAUUAACGCGCCUGCUCGUCAGCAAGGUCGGAAAAAACGCAGGAAGGACUAAACUGUCUUCAACCGGCAUCACUUCCUUUGGCAAAGUCCCACACAUCCCUGGAGGAUAAGAUGCCAUGGAGGCCACGCUCUACGUCCGCUGGGCUCUGCUGAUCCUGACGGGCGUCCACUCGGAGCUCAUCUACGUCCCGGCGCUGCGUCACCACGGCGUCGAGGGGACGCCGCUGCUCCUCUCCGUGGAGACUCGCUUCCCGCUGGACGCGGUGGACGUCCAGGGGACCUGGUCCCACACCCGGCCCAGCGGCGCCAGGACCACGCUGGUGACCUUCACCAAGGACACGGCCAUCACCGACAUGACGUACCGCGGCCGGCUGCUCCUCAGACAGCCCAACGCCUCCCUGCUCAUCCGGAGGCUGACGCUGGAGGACGAGGGCGUCUAUCACCUGAGCCUCAACAUAGAGUUUCACAACCAGACGGGCCGGGUCAUCAAGCAGGAGCGAGCCAUGCACGUGACCGUGGACGUCCCCGUUUCCACGCCGGUCGUGGCCAAAACCCCGGCGUACGCGGUGGUGGAGGACAAGGCCAACGUGACCCUGAGCUGCUCCGUGGAGAGGGGCACCCGGGUGGCGUUCAGGUGGCUGCGGGACAACGCGGCGCUGGGCCCCAGCGACCGCUACCACCUCUCGGCGGACAGCUCCACGCUGCUGGUGAGUCCGGUGAGGAAGGAGGACCGGGGCGCGUACCGCUGCGUGGCCAGCAACGCCGUGAGCCGGGCCCAGCACAGCAGCGCCGUGGAGCUCAACGUGUACUACGGCCCCUACAACCUGGAGGUGAACUCUGGCCAGGGCCUUCGCACAGGGGAGGUGUUCACCAUCAACCCGGGGGAGCUGGCCUUCUUCGAGUGCCGGGCCGACUCCAACCCGCCCAACAGCUACGUCUGGAUCUCCAAGAGCCGCAACUCCACGCAGGUCAUCACCGAGGGCCCGCGGCUGGAGGUGGUCUCCUACAGGCUGGCCCAGGCCGAGGAGUACACGUGCCGGGCCUUCAACAACGCCACGCAGAAGCAGGACGAGGCCCAGUUCACCCUGGUGGUGGCCAGCUUGGGCACCGGGAAGGAGAAGCACACGGCGGAGGGCGGCGCCGUGUCCCCGCUGGCCGUCAUCAUCGUCUGCUCCCUGUUCGUCAUCGGCUGCAUGCUGCUGUUCUUCCUCAGGAGAUCCUGCCACCCAAAAAGAGUGUUGAUGAACAUUUACAACAGACCACUUUCGGAGCAGAAGAGACCUCAUCGCUCAGGUCACGAGGACGCCACCGAGGACUUCGGCAUCUACGAGUUUGUCUCCAUCCCUGGUAAGAUGGAGUCCGCGCAGGCCUCGUGCAGAUCCCUGGCUCGCCUCGAGUCGGUGCAGGACGCGCACACCACCAUUUACGACGUGAUCCGGCACGUCCCCGAAACCCCCAGCCACAGUUUGCUGAAGUGAGUGGUUUGAGCGGACGCUCCUGUAGCUUUGUCUCCUGAGGUCCGUUACACCUGAAACGGGGCUUUUUUUGGGGGCCCAUUCUUUGCACAAGGGACGACGGAGACCUGUGUGGGGACACAGGCUGGUUAUGCACUGUUACUGUCCAGAGGUUGGGACAAACACCUUUUAUUGUGAAAAGAAAAUGUGUGCGUGUUUAACAAAUGUGAUACUGAAUUUUAAAUUGUUGGCUUAAAAAAUUUAUGAAGCCACACGAAGCACAUCGGUAGUUAUUUUUUACAUUAGGCUGCGUUUAAACAGGGAAAUAAGUUCCAGUAAUAAUUAAUUAAUUCAAUAUUUAAAUGCAUGUAUUUAAUUUUAAACACUUUGUGUCCUAUUUAAACAUUAUCUUCACAAAUUAACGUCCAACCCAAAGACAGUCUGCUUUAUAUGAAGACAAGUGUUAUCAAAAUUGUUUUUUUUCUUAUAAAGGAUAUUUAGAUCUAUUGUAAAUAUUGUACAUAGGCUGUUCUGCAGAUUCUUUAUAUACAUUGUUCUAUAUCUAUGGUCUGCGCAGUUGUAUUUAUUCCUAUAGAAGCUCUUUACCAUUUCUUCAAAUGUAGCAUUUCCUCUGCUCUGCUCAACAUGCACACAAGGCUGAAACAAGAAAAAUUAUUAACAGUCCCUAAUUUAUUGUACAGUUUUCAUUCACGUGUUUGUUUUUGUACUUAAAUAAAGAUUGUACUCUU